UUUUUUCAUCCCAAAGUUAACGGUAAGCAAAAUAUUCCCCUCCCCCUUUGGUAUAGGUCUAUUUAUUGAUUGUGAAUAAGGAAUGGUGUUUUUGUAAUAUAAUAUUCAUGAUGCCAGGAGAUAAUCAGCAGAUUACCAUGGUGAUGUAAACAGACAUUCUUUGUGGGAGACAAAGGACACGCGAGACAGCAACUAACGCCAUGCCCAGCAGCACAGAGACGGGGGACAACCUCGUUAAAGCCUGCUGCCUAUUCAAACACCAAGAACAAGCCUAGUCUCUACGACAACAGGAUACAAACACAUGGGAAGUCGUCUCUCUGCCAGACGUUUACACUGAAAGGUUGGUUUCUUUGGUGACACAUUUGCAGAGAAUUAAUGAUGAUCUCACAAAUCAAAUAGGAGAGGAAUGUCCACACAAUGCCUACACAAUCAACAAAAUCCAGAAAGUCAAGGUCACCUAGUGGCAGGCCWGUCAAAAAGGCUGAGAGGAAGAGGAGGUCAUCCAAGAAGAGAUCAGUCAGUGCCAAAGCCACCAAGUCAGAAGUGGACAUUCUCAGUCCAGCAGCCAUGCAGAAUGUUUACUACAUUUCCCACAAUGCAYUUGACUGUCUGGCGUUCCGAGGCUUUGGAUGGCCUGAGUCAACUAAAAAGAAAACAGCAGGAAUGAAGGGCAAGAAAACAAAAAACAAAAAGUGAUUCCACCACAAACCUUGCCAAGACCAAAGCAAACAUUGUCAGUUUAGUACGGCUCUAUUCAAUCCUCAUGGUGGAAAUCCAGCUUUACAGCGUGAUAUAAAUGGUAAGGCGAUGUUCCCGAUCAGUGGAGGCUGCUGAGGGUGCUGAGGGGAGGACGGCCGGA